AUAACUACCGGAGCGUGCAGUGCCCACUGAAAUCCAAACUUACCCAGGACCUUUUGAAAAGUCUCUACCAGAUCAAUCCAACUAAACAUGCAGUCCUCCAGCAUCUUUGUCCUGGCCAUUUGCGCCUUCGCUCUGCUGUCCUCCAUUAAGGCUGCUCCUCUGGACGACUCCCAACAUGCCACCAUCCUGAGAUACGACAACGACAACAUUGGCACUGAUGGCUACAACUUCGGCUACGAGACUAGUGAUGGAGUCACCCGCCAGGAGCAGGCUGAGCUGAAGAACGCCGGCACCGACCAGGAGGCGCUCAGUGUGCGCGGCUCCUUCAGCUGGGUGGCUCCCGAUGGCCAGACCUACACCCUGCACUACAUUGCCGAUGAGAACGGUUUCCAGCCCCAGGGCGACCAUCUGCCCCACAAGAGCAUCAUUCGUCGCAAACUGUUCGAUAACCGCAGAUCCAAACACCAAACAACAAUCACCAUGAAAUUCCUGAUUGUCUUCGUCGCCCUCUUCGCCGUGGCUCUGGCUGCUCCUGCCGCUCAGGAAGCCGAAAUCUUGCGCUCCUCUUCCGACGUUGGACCCGAAUCAUUCAAAUACGAUUGGGAAACCACCGAUGGACAGGCCGCUUCAGCCGCCGGUCAGCUGAAGAACAUUGGAUCUGAGAACGAGGCUCUCUCUGUUCAGGGAUCCUACCGCUUCAUUGCUGAUGAUGGUGUGACCUACGAGGUUCAGUACAUCGCCGAUGAGAACGGAUUCCAGCCCCAGGGUGCUCAUCUGCCCGUUGCCCCCGAGGCCUAA